AGAAAGGGCAGCGCGGACGGCACAGAGGCAGCGCGGGCACCGGGCGCACUUGGCCGCGGAGUUCCGCGGCCGCCCCAGGAGCCCACCGGCGCAGCUGCCCUUCCCGCGGCUGGUCCGCGCUCCGCGCUUGCUGCUCCCCGGACAGUGGCGGGCCGACCGCGUGUCACCCGGUUUCCUCCGUUCUCCGGGAAGCAGCCCGCGGAGGCGCCAGCCCCGCCCCGCCGGGGCAGCCGCGCGGGCGGGAGCGGCCCGGCUUAACCGCGGCCGCGGGGGGAGGCCGCGGCUCGGCGAGCGCCUCAUCGCCAUCAGCGCCCGCGGCGGCGCUCCGCGUGACGUUGCGCCGGGGGGAGGUGCCGAUUGGCUGGCACGGCCUGGAGCCAAUACGUGUCUGCCCGCGAUUGGCCCAUGGCGGCGCCGCGGCGGCAGCGCGCGCGACGGUACCGUUUCGAGGAGGGUCCGGCGGCGCUGGCCGUGCGCGUGCCCGAGGUACCGGGGGCAGCCGGGACACCGGGAACGGCGGCAGCUCCCGGGACCCCGGCACAGCGCCUCGCCAUGUGUGUUGCAGGUGCUGGACUCGCAGUACGAUCGGUGCCGGUGUGAGUCUCCCCGGCGUGGUGGCCGCCAGGUGUGGUGCCCAGGUGAUCCUGUCGGACAGCGAGGAGCUGCCCCAGUGCCUGCAGAGCUGCCGUAGCAGCUGCCUCAUGAACCACCUGCCCCACGUGCCCGUCCUUGGCCUCACCUGGGGCCGCGUGUCGCCGGAACUGCUCUCUCUUGCACCCAUAGACAUUAUUUUAGGCUCAGAUGUCUUUUUUGACCCCAAAGACUUUGAAGAUAUUUUAACUACAAUUUACUUCUUGUUGGAGAAGAACCCACGUGCUCAAUUCUGGACAACAUACCAAGUCCGAAGUGCUGACUGGUCUAUCGAGGCUCUGCUCCACAAAUGGAACCUGAAGAGCAUCCACGUUCCCCUGCACUCCUUUGGUGCAGACAAAGAGCACUUGGCCAGCUCCUCUAUGCCAGGAAGACACACAAUUGAAAUGAUGAUCAUCUCACUAGCACAGUCAGAGGGCACUUCACUUUAUUCCACUUUAGAUUGCAGUACAAGGUGAUACUCAGCUGUUCACUGUAGCACAGAGCUGCAGAGAACAGUCCUGGUUACAGCAAACCUCAUGGAUAUUGUGGGGAAGCAGCAAUUCCUAAAACAUGCAUUGUAAAAAUAAAGCUGUUUGGUUUUCCAGCUA